AACAAGAUCUAUUUCGGAGGAGCAUCUCUUCAGCUGCUUAUUUUUCGGCUUCAAACAAAACUGCUUUAGGAACUUGUUGUCCUGCCUUGUCUCAGACGGAAAUAUGGCCAGUGGUGUACUGCAAAUCGUUGGAUUGGUAGUUGGAGGCAUUGGCUUAGCUGGGACUUUUGCAGUGACUGGCAUGCCUCAGUGGAGAGUAACUGCCUUCAUUGAAAACAACAUUAUAGUAUUUGAGACCAUUUGGGAAGGACUAUGGAUGCACUGCAUCAGACAAGCCAACAUCAGGAUGCAGUGCAAAGUCUACGACUCCCUCUUGGCACUUUCACCUGAUCUACAGGCAUCCAGAGGACUGAUGUGCUCUGCUUCAGCACUCUCAUUUCUUGCUUUUAUGAUAGCCAUUAUGGGCAUGAAGUGCACUCAGUGCACUGGGAACAACGAGCGAAUCAAGGGUCACGUUCUGCUGGCAGCUGGAGUUCUCUUCAUCCUAUCUGGUAUUGUUGUGUUCAUCCCAGUGUGUUGGGUUGCCAAUACCAUCAUCAGAGACUUCUAUAAUCCAGUUGUCAACGUAGCACAAAAACGAGAACUUGGGGAGGCCCUCUACAUAGGCUGGGUAUCCGCAUUCUGUCUCAUCGCCGGGGGAGCAAUAUUCUGUUGCUUCUGCCGUUGUAAUGAGAAAACCAGAAACUACAGGUUCUCAGCGCCUUCACAUCAUACAUCUUACAAAACUCAUCAUAUGCAAAGGAAAACUGAAAGCUCAUAUUCCAAAAGUCAGUAUGUCUAGUUGCUUCUUGGUCUUUUAGCUCAGCAAGUCAGUCUUUGUGAACGGACUUCAAUGUUCACACUGAACUACAAGUAGGUCAGAGGAAACUUUAUUUGUAUUUCAUACCUUAACUACAGUAGCCAUCCUUAAAUUCAUGGACUAUAGUUAAAUCUAUUAACUCAAUCAUGGCUAAUACUGCAACACGGACAACGUAUUAUGAAGUUUUAUCACAGGAGAAAAAAAAUUACACCUUUAUCUUUUUAGAUGUUUUAAAGUUUCAAUUUGCUUUAAAAAUAUUUAGCAUCCAUAUAAAAGCAAAAUGUUUAAUUUCUUUUUAAUAGUUUUUUGGAACAGUUUUUGGGUUUAUUUGGGGGCUGUGUUUCAUACGGCAAAUAUUACAAAUGGGCUGAAAAUGUAUUUUAUAUCACAAUAGAAUCAGAUUGAUUGCUGGGAAGAAAUGGAGCAAACCAAUUUUUUCUGGGCAUAGGGUGAUAAGACUGAAUAAGGAUAAUAAAGUACUUGUUUAAAAGAACAAUAGCUAAGGGAUCAAUACAUUGUAAAUGAAGGGUACUGUGAAGGAUUAGCUCGGCAUUGAGAGGGAGGCCAAAAUGUUUGAAAAAUGUCCCUUAUUUCAGAAUGAAAGUUUCAGGGUAGACACACUGCUCUAUAUUUACCUAGAAAUAUUUUUACUGUAAAUUGAUAUCUAUUUUGAGAUGGUGAAAGGUCUGACUGGUUUGUUUUUAAAAGCGACAGUAUUCUACAAUGAUGCCUCUAAGCACUGCAAUGUACAACAUGGUUAUAACAGUGUUCUGGAUCUUUACUGUACAAUACAGUCUUUUUUUUUUAAAAUAUGGGUAUUUAAUACAGCCCUCAGACUGCAGUGACUCCCGUGUGGGAAGACUCCUUCAUCUGCACCAAGUCCCACUGAUUUCAAUGCAGAGGUCUGCCCAUGUGCAAUUUAGUGCAGAACUAGGGCCUGAAGGGGUAAAAAAGCAGGAUGUUUCAGUGUUUUAGUCACUGCUCAUUUGCAAAAUGCAAACAAGAUUUCUAAUAAUGUGACUGUGUACCCCCCUUAUGGAAAAUAAGGGAAUAGAAACUACACAGGGUCUACAGAAGUUACUCUAAAAUGUAGAUGUUUUUAACCAGCAGAGAAGGUGAUCUCCUGGCCCCACUGAAAUUAGUGGGAUGUUUAUCUUUGACUAUAGUGGGACCAGAAUUUUGCCUGUGGAAUUUAACAGAGUGUGAGAUCCCUGUUUUACAAUUUGGAUUGGUUUAAAUAGUCUGUGGAAAGGUUAUAAUGCAAUCCUGUUUGUAUUAUCGUGCUCUACCCUUAGGAUAUUUCUAGCUGAAAAAUAUCAGGCACCAAAUUCUUCUUUAAGGUGCAACUUCCAUUGAGCUAAAGAAAUCAAAAUCCUCAUACUGGUUUAGAAUUGUCUAUUUACAGUUUUAGGUUAUGUUUUUAAAGCUAUGUCUAAAUACACAUAUUUCUAUUUUGCCUCAUUAUUUUUAAAGGUGAUUCCUGGCUAUGUACAUACAUAAUGUGCGCAAUACAUAUGUUAUACUGCACAGCUUGCCUGUAUUUCUAUUACACAGUUUUGUUUAUCUUUUAUAUUUGCAAUCCUUCUAUUAUUUGUGGGAGAGGGCUGUUGUGCUGAUUUAUUGCACUAGGUGAAUGGUUGUUCCCUGCAGAAUGUAUAGCUUCAAACUUCCAUUUAUUUUGUCAAAAAGUAUUAUGUCUUUGUGUUUGCACCUUGUUCUUAUACUUUCACUCAUUCUGUUUCAUGGGUUGUAACAAUGAGCAUAAUAAAAUCAUUUGUUGAGUUCA